GGCUUUCACACUCACAUGCCCAUUUUUAUGGUGGACAAUAGACUGCAAGUUCUUGUCAUCUUUAUAUCAGUGAGAAAGGUUCAGUCAGAUGGUUCAAUAUCAUUUCCUCUUAAAUGAAAAAUAUUUUUGAGGAGAUCAAAUUUGUGUUGCCAGGAUGUUAUAAAGAUUUUAAGAAGCUUUGAUAAUAAACAUUAAGAGGACACACUGGUAUAAAAUCAACAAAAGAAGAAAUUAAUGUUACGUAUUUGGGAAAAUAUUCACAAUGGCAAUGACGGUGGAAUGGUGGAAGGACAAAGUUGCAGAGGAUAUUUAUGACACAAUGAGAAAAAAGGAACAAGAUAACUUCACAACAUACAAUUGUCAUUCCACACAGCUAUGGGCUAGAAGACAAUUAGUGGAUUGGAUAUCUGUUAUAGUGGAGAAUUUUAACUUAGAUAUGACUUCACACCAUCUAGCUGUAUAUCUGUUAGAUUUCUUCAUGGAAAAGUUAGAAGUGGACACAAAUCAUUUAUAUCUGCUGGCUAUAGCAUGUAUUUGUUUAGCAGUAAAAUAUGAAGAACAUUGUGAGAAAAGACCCAGACUGGCUAGUUUAAAUGCCUUUAUACCUUCCCAUGGAUUACUGGACAUUAGAAAGUACACAGCUUCAGAAUUACGAUCUAUGGAACUAACAGUGCUAAGUUACUUUAACUGGAAUUUAUCUAUUCCAACAUGUGCUCAAUUUCUACCAUAUUAUUUAUUAGUCGCUGUGGACAAUUUAGACUUAAGAAAUGGUAUUCCUAUAUCUAGUAAAGAAGUUGUGGAAUCCUAUGUACAGAAACAUACUCAUUACUUUCAGGAGAUUUCUUUACAAGAACACACAUUUAGGAGUUAUUUACCCUCAAUGAUUGCUGCAUCAUGUAUUGCUGCCUCUAGAAUCUGUCUCCACCUGACACCAACAUGGCCAAAGAGUUUAGAGUUAAUGUCUGGUUAUUAUAUAGAAGAAUUAUUACCUUGUGUUCAUAUGAUGAUCAGAUUGCAACAACAAGAUAAACAGCAGUAUUCUGACGUACAAGUAGUGCCUUCUAACCCGUCUUAUUAUCCUGUGAUACAAACUCCAUUUAUAGACAGUCUUUACAAGCCUCCUGUGAUACAAACUCCUUUUAUGGAUAGUCUCUAUAAACCUCCGUUUACCUCAGUGGAAUAUUCAUCUUUUCAUGAUGACUAUAAUAAAUCUGUGAUGUAUGCUCCCACCAAGUCUCAAGUCAUAGCUGUAGGAAGGGAGUCAUGACUAGGGUAGCUUGAAAACUUACAGUAAUGUUACUAUCCCUCCAAGUCUCAGGUCGUAGCUGUAGGAAGAGAGUUGUGACUAGCAUCAAAACAUACAAAUGUGCUUUAUUAUAGUAAAUUAUUACUGAAAAAGUAUUAGUGCCUAUUGGUGAUAAAAUCAUAAGUUAAUGAGAACUCAGUUUUGUACCAGAAUUAUUGAGACCAUUUUCAUGUGAUUAACUCACAUAAAGUGUUCCAGUCUAAUAUCCAUGGAAUUGAAACCUUAAAGCAUAAUGAAAACUGUUGCUGGGUACUCAAGUCAUUUAAAUUCAAAUGUAAAUAAUGUUGGUUUAUAUGAUUUAUUCUCACUUUAUUCAAAAUAAGUUGAAAUCUAGAUACUAUUCACAAUUGUGCAGUAUGGGAGAUAACUCUUCUCAAUUUUGUUCAUAAUCUGUCUCAGGUAUUUAUUUUGUAAUCAAAUUUUAUUUUUAUAUCGUUUUGUUUCACAACUGUAGAAUAUUUUUUUAUUUAUUAAAAACAUGUAUUUUACUGUACAUAAUCAAUUCCAAACACAUUAUGCAAUUACCUUCUGAAUGAAUUCAAUUGACUUCAUUGUAGUUUUUUUUUUCAAAUAAUGAAAUAUGUCGUGAUCACUUGCAAUAACUCUUAUUUGAGGUUUGAACUACCAGCAUUUAAUGUGCAGUUAUAUAAGGAAUGAUAGAUUGUUCACUAAAAGAAUAAUAAUCGUAAAUCAGUUUUUAAUUAUAAUAUCUUCUUAAUAUGCAUUUGAAGUGAUAUUUUGAGCAUUUGCAAUAUAAAUAUAGAUAAAUCAUUGUUAGAAUUUAUUAUUAUAUUCUCUCUGUUAUUUUCCCAACAUUUUGAUUGUGUUUGAUCUUUCCGUCUCUUGAUCACCUAAACAUAAUAAUAAUACAAUAAUGAUUUGAUGUUGUUUGUCAGGUAUUGUAUUAUUUGAAUCCAUAAUGUGAAGUUAUAAAGGUUUCACAUUUCUUGGGCUGGAUAUUAAAUGUGUACUUGAAUAGACCCUUAUCUAAAUCCCUAUUAUUAAAAAACUAUUGUGUUUCAUACUGAAGUAUUAAAUAUUCUGAUGGAUACAAUUAUUUGGAUUAUUCAGAUCUUGUAAGAAUGCUCACUGACAAGGCAUCCUACACUUCAUUGGAGUAUGAAAAGUCACAUUAGAUGAGAUAAACCAGCUUAACAAGAACAUUUUAAUGAAUAUUUCCUCCCGCUUAUUUCUAAGAGAUCUAGACUAUGUAGAAAUAGCCUGUAGCAGAUUUGUGAAGAAUAGCACAUUGAUUACCUAAUUAUUGUACUGGAAAAAAUAUGACAAAUUUUAAUGAUGUUAGACACUACUUUAGAAAAUAAUCAAUAUAAUUUUUCUUGACAUCUGUUUCUAAUUUGUUUUCUUAUAUUUCUGUAUUCUUCCUGAGAACUAUAAUGGCAUCAAUUUAUUUCAAUUUGAUCUUGAUAAAUUCUCUACAUGUGUAUUAACAAGAGAUUAGUUUAGGGAAUUUUAUAAAAUAUUUCUUGAAUAUUUGAUAAAUCAAUUUUCUGAUUAAAUUGGAAAACAUCAGAUUUGAAAUAUAUUAUUAAACAUUAUAUCAAUUCAAAUGGGUGAGAAAAAAAAAGGGGUGAUCAUUCUUCUUAUUGUGAUAUUUUUUUUAUCAAGUACAAGUCUCUGCUAUUUUUUUUGGUGCAAAGCCCCCAGGAUAUAUUUAACCCUGUUCUACUUAACUAAACAAUAUGGUCUUCACAAAUAACAAUAAAGAGUGGAAAAAGAAAUUUGUGUAAUAAAGCAAAACAUCAAAGAAGUCUGAAAACAAAAUUCACUUUUUUACAUAAAUAAGGCUGUUAGCUUUCUCGUUUGAAUUGUUUUACAUUGUCUUAUCAGGGCCUUUUAUAGCUGACUAUGCAGUAUGGGCUUAGCUCAUUGCUGAAGGCUGUACGGUGACCUUUAGUUGUUAAUGGUAGUGUCCUUUUGGUCUUUUGUGGAUAGUUGUCUCAUUGGCAAUCAUACCGCAUCUUCUUUUUUAUAUAACAUAAUGUAGCUUGAUGUCAUUUUGACAUGAUAAUUUUGAACUCAGACUCAGGAAAAUGUAUUUUAUAAACAAUAUGCACAUCCAAGGCUACAUUUGAAUAGCUUUUUAUUUUUAGAAAACAUAGACACAUGCUCAAAGGGAAAUAAUUUUUUUCUGAUAAAUCAUAUUAUGAAUAUUUCCUUUAUUUUCAUUUGAUCACACAUAUGUUUGUUUUUGCCAGAAAGAGCUCAAGGAAAUAUUGCACUUAAAUUUCUAAAAAGGGAACAUUUUUAUAAUAUCUUGAAAACUGUCCAGGUUUGGUGAUAAGAUGCAUUAAAUAUAUUGAGCUUAAAGAUUCUGAAAAAACUAGAUAUAUAUUGUUUUUAUAUUAAUAUUAUUUGGUGCAAUGCAGUAUACUAUGAUUUUCAGGACCAAAACAGGGUAUUGAUGAGACCUACUCCUUAACCAUUAUUUAAUGUUCUAAAUGUGAUAUAUGAUGUAAUGUUUUAAUUAUCACCCUAUUGUGUUCAAUAAUAUUGUUUGUUCAUAAUUGUUACAAUGUUGAACAUAUAAAUUAAAAAUUGAAGUAAAA